AUGGCCGGUUCAAUCGCUAACAUGAGAGCAAUUUACCAGAAGAAGAAUUUUACAUAUAUUCCACCAACACCGCCUGCAGAGCUCAUCGACUGUAGCAAUUUCAUUCUCGACUUCACCGAGCGUAAAUUUUUGAAUGUAGGACUUGAUCCUGCAGAUAAAUUUAACACCAUAGUACAAGUCAUCACUCCUUCGAGAUAUGUAAAUAUAUCAUCUGAUUUUCUAAGACGUAUAUUCUCACUUAUGGGGAACAUUCUAUCUUUUAUACUCGACCUACCUCAAAAAUACAAGCAAAAUUUAUUUCUGGAAACAGAAAUUAUUUCACUAUCUAGUAUGGUGUAUAAAGGGGAAAAUAUGCUUGUCAUCGAAUCAAAAACACAAGCUGGAUGUCGAGUAUUGCUAAAUCGUGCAGAUUUAAUGAAAUUACAAUAUAUGGAGGAGAGUAUUUUCGAAACGUUCGCACGAAAGUCAGCCAUCAUACGUCCAGUUGUAUUAAGGCAAUUUGAAAUUAUUGGAAAUUAUAUAGACCGGGAAUUUACCAAUGUGCAAUCGCCACCGAAAACAGUUGAAGAAAUGAUAAUUUUUAUUAAAAACCUUCAGACCGAUCAAAUCAUCAAGAAUAUCGACUUAAAUUUUGUUAGUCAGCUGAAAAUGUGUGCAGCACGGAAAUUAUAUUUAAUCGUUGACCCCAUUUCGCCAUUGUCGCCGAUGACAUCUUCAUCGUAUUCGCCGUCCAUGUCCAAUCACAUAAUUUUGGCUCCGAAAAAAUAUUCAUCACCGUUCCCUCAAUAUACCGAUGACACGGAUGCGCAGCCGCCGCCGACCAAACCAUGGGAUAUAACGCCGCGACAAUUAUUCUCACCGUCUUUUUUCGAUGGUGAAUGUUCGCAGAUAAAUCUUACGCAGGCAACAUAUCCAGCAAGCUCCACAGUUAACGAGAACGAUGGACCAAUUAAUGUGAUUAUAAUUAUUUAG